GAAACCUCAUUCUCAUAAAUACUCUCUCUCUCUCUCUCUCUCUCUCUUUCUCUCUUUCUCUCUUUCUCUCCUCACUGGACACACGUGCGCGCGCGCACUCGCUCCUCACAUAAUACCCACGGGCACGCGCGCUGCGGAUCGGCUCUGCUUCAGGGUUCUUCAGGUGUGAUGGCACACACGGCCGUUCAGAUGAGCAGAGUCGGACAUCUGGAGAACAAUGUGUCCAGGAGGAUGUCCUCUUCAUCGUCCAGACGAGGAGCGACCGUGAGCUUCCACAGCAUCAGCUACAGCCUGAAGAUGAAGAGCGGCUUCCUGUGCAAGAGGAAGCUCACGCAGAAGAACAUCCUCAUCGAGCUCAAUGGUAUCAUGAGGCCAGGACUGAACGCCAUAUUAGGAGCCACCGGGAGCGGGAAAUCAUCGUUUCUGGAUGUUCUCGCUGCUCGUAAGGAUCCUGCUGGCCUUUCUGGAGAGGUUCUUAUCGACGGAGCUCCACAACCUCCGAACUUCAAAUGUCUGUCUGGAUACGUAGUGCAGGAUGACGUGGUCAUGGGGACGCUGACCGUUCGCGAGAAUCUGCGUUUCUCAGCGGCUUUAAGGCUCCCGAAGUCGAUCCGACAACGAGAAAAAGAUGAGAAGGUGGAGAAGCUUAUUCAGGAGCUGGGGUUGAGCAAAGUGGCCGAUUCAAGGGUAGGCACGCAGCUGAUUCGUGGCAUUUCUGGCGGAGAGAGGAAGAGGACAAACAUCGGCAUGGAGCUGAUCAUUGAUCCGCCGGUGCUUUUCCUGGACGAACCCACCACCGGCCUGGACGCAAGUACGGCUAACUCUGUCCUCAUGCUGCUCAAGAAAAUGGCGAACAGCGGUCGCACCAUCAUCCUGUCCAUCCAUCAGCCGCGGUACUCCAUCUACCGGCUGUUUGACAGCCUCACGCUGCUGGUGGGAGGAAGACUGGUGUAUCAUGGGCCGGCUCAAGAUGCCCUGGACUACUUCAUGGAGAUCGGAUACACCUGCGAACCUCAUAACAACCCUGCUGAUUUCUUUCUGGAUGUCAUCAAUGGAGACUCCACCGCCGUCACUCUCAACAAGUUAAACGACAAUGAGGACAUGGACCAGGAGCGGCUGAGUUCAUCUUUGAAGGGCAUUGAGGACCAUUUGGUGGAGAAAUAUAAAAACAGCUCCAGCUACAAACAGACCAAAAGCGAGCUGGAGCGAAUCGUUCAAGGACAGGACUACAGUACUCGAUCCAAAUCCAGAACCAUCACCUACAGCACGUCGUUCUUCCAUCAGUUCAACUGGGUUCUCAAGAGAACCUUCAGGAACCUCAUGCUGAACCCACAGACCUCAUUUGCUCAGAUCGGGGUGAUGAUUUUCCUGGCUCUGAUUGUUGGAGUCAUAUUUUUUGGAGUGAAGGAUAAUUCGAGCGGCAUUCAAAACAGGAUAGGUGUGCUCUUCUUCAUCACUGUUAAUCAGUGCUUCAGCUCCGUUUCCUCAGCUGAACUCUUCAUCGCAGAGAGGAAUCUGUUUGUGCACGAGUACAUCAGUGGGUACUACAGAGUAUCAGUGUACUUCCUGUCUAAGAUCCUGUCUGACAUCCUGACUCUGCGCACUAUCCCGGCCAUCAUCUUCAGCUGCGUGGCGUACUGGAUGAUCGGACUGAAGGCGUCUGCCGAGGCGUUCUUCCUCUUCCUGUUCUCCAUCAUUCUGGUGUCGUACACAUCCACGUCCAUGACUCUGGCCAUCUCUGCUGAUCAGACGGUGGUGGCCAUCGCUAACAUCUUCAUGACCAUCAGCUUUGUCUUUAUGAUGAUCUUCUCAGGGCUGCUGGUGAAUCUCCCCAGUGUUGUUAACUGGUUAAACUGGUUGAAGUAUCUCAGUAUUCCUCGUUAUGGUCUCGCUGCUUUGGAAAUCAAUGAGUUCAUCGGCCUCACCUUCUGUGACAAGAGGAACACGAGCGGUGUAGAAACUCUAGUCUGUUCGACAGGCGAGGACUUUCUGAGCGAUCAGGGCAUCGAUUACUCAACCUGGGGUUUGUGGCAGAAUCAUUUAGCUCUGGGAAUCAUGACCUUCAUCUUCCUCAUCAUCGCUUACCUCAAGCUGCGCUUCAUCAAGAAAUUCACCUGAACACAAGCUCGUGAUCUUCCUCACACACUCCGACAAACAUCCACCAAACUCCGCUCAAACACCAUCCAAUGCUGAAGGACAUCAAACACACAGAAAUAUGUUUUUAUUAUGUUCAGAAUAUUUAACUUUUUUUUCCUCUUAACAGAUUAUUCAGUAACAGUACAGUAAAUAAAUAUGGAAAUAUGGAGUUACUCCAGUUUGACACCUUUUAGUUGGGUUUGUUUGCUUGUAUAUGUUUUUUUCAUUUACAUAAGUCUCUGGGGUGUAGUUGUAGCAAUUGCAAAAAAUACAUUGUAUGGGUCA